UCGAAUCUGAAUGAGCACGGUGUGGUUCAGCGUGUUGAAGAAGUGCGGUUGCUACACGAGAGCUUGUGUUGGAGUUUUGAGAGAGGCUGUGCUUGGUUCUAGAGAUCGUGCUGAUUUUUUGAGAGGGUUGAAGGAAACCUUUGCUGCGAUAGGAUUGUGUAGGUGUCAUCAUGAUGCGAUUGGUGAGUUUCGGGAAGAGCAAGAAGCUGCAGACAAGCAGGUCGAUGGAUCCCACCUAUGUGACUGAGCAAUCGCCGAAAGCGGUGGAGAAGACGACGGGGAAAUCGAACCACGAAAUGCAACUGGAAAGAUCGAACUCCAAGGGGCGGAACUUCAUUACUCGACUGACAAGUAUGGGGAGCUUGAAAGUUAAGAGGACAAAAUCUGGCAUUGUCUCUCAAGCUUUGAAUGCACCGUGCACCAUCCACUGCUCUGAAGCGGAGUUGGAAGCCGCUUUCAAAGUGUUCGACGCGAAUGGUGAUGGACGCAUCUGCAUCACGGAGCUCGGUAAGGUGCUUGGAUCCCUCAGUGGUUGCGAGGUCACAGAACAGGAACUCCAGCUCAUUAUGAACGAUGUGGAUAAGAACCAGGACGGCUUCAUCAGCUUAGAACAAUUCAAGGCGGCGAACAAAACUCUCACCAGCCACCUCGCCGACAAUGAAACUCCCAAGGAAGAUUCCAUCAGAGAGGCGUUUGCCACGUUUGACAAGGAUGGGAAUAAUCUGAUUUCCGCGGAUGAGCUUCGCGCUGUGAUGCAGAGCCUGGGGGACAAAGGAUAUUCACUAGAGGAUUGCCGCAGAAUGAUCAGUAACGUCGACCAAGACGGCGAUGGAUUCGUGGACUUCAAAGAGUUUCAGUCUUUACUUACUGCCAAAAGCUGAACUACUUUGGACCCGAGCGGUUCUCUAGCGUUCCACGUGGUCCCCGACUCGCAUCCAACCCCACUCGUCUGCACGUAGAAAUCACUAAGCCAUCGCCACAGCCAUCCGAACUUCCACAUGCGAUUUGCUAGCUUUAACUAGAUUUUCAGUUGCAUCUUCAAACCACGACCGGGUGUUUUUUCAUUUGGCGACUUGAUUUGUAUGCUUCCCCAUCGACAUAGAUCCCAAGAUUACGUAGCAGAACCGACUUUUUGAUCUUGUCUCUCCCCAUGAGCCACAUCCUUAUUGUGCAGUCAAUGAAUUGACCACUGACAAUGGAAUUGAGCUGCUCCGAAGAUAACGUAGACGUUGGAACAAUCGUCGUGGCUCCGUUUUGUGCACAAUUCCAUGCAGUUCAAAUCAACUGAGGAUGAUUUUCGGUCCACUGCUCACGGAUUGUGCACUCUUCGUAUCUUGCGGUUACCGAAGUGCUCGCAGCUCGGUCAUCGAUUUGAAGUGCUCGCACUGAUUCAUGAGGUGUUUAAUUCUUUUUGUCGCCGUUGUGGUUCGGUAGUUUUGUUAAUUUUUUUGUAAAAAAUCUUUUUAUAGUUUAUGAAUCUCCACAACCUCUUUGUGUGCAUCGAUUAAAUCUUCUUUUCCACGUAUCUAUUUCCGAACGCACUCGAAGAAGCCUGUGCCUUCAAGAAAUGAUAGUUCUUAUGAACUUCUGCUAAUCGCCUGGUUAUUAGAGACCUCGUUUUGGAGAUGCCUCAAUUGCCGUAGAUAUUCCAUUUGAAUUUCAGUUAUAAUCUUCCAGUUUUGACAACUUCUAUAUACAAAAGUUACAGUUUUCAUUGGACAUGUAUAUAUAUAUAGAUAUAUAUAUAUAUAUAUAAAUCAUUUUAUUCUGAGACUA